AUGCAUGUGACGAGCGCGCACGCGGGCGCGACGAACGACAAAUUUGUGAUUCGUGGAGAUGACUUUCACACUCGAUUGAUGCACACAUCGUUGUUCAAGGACUUCACAUACCAUUUGUUGGAUACGAGGGACGGUGUCCAGAAACGCGUCAAGGGAUGCUACGUGCUCUGUGACGGUGGGUACGGCGAUUGGCGUAACCUCGUUUCAGCGUAUAGAUGUGUCGCACCAGGCUCUUACAAGGCGAAUUGGUCACAUCGCGUUGGCUCAGUGAGGAAAGAUUCAGAAUGCACUCUUGGAAUGUUGAAGGGUCGCUUUCGGAUCUUAUUCGGACGGCAAUAUAGGCACAACGCGACGGACGUCGAGCACGUGUUCAAAGUUUGUUGUCUACUACACAACAUGCGCAUGCGCGCGCGUGAUGUCACUCCGUGGAGUGGACCUGAUAUGUUGCAACAGGCUCUUCAAGAGCACGCUUUGGACGACGACGAUGAUUUGGAUCGUUUCAACGCGCGGGGCGAACCGGUGCGCAACAAUGAACUUGAAGACAGCGUUAUCGUCGACGGCGAUGAAGCCGACGACGAUGCGCGCGUGCGCUUUUUCGACGAGGGUGAUGAUGGAGAUUUACAUGAGCUCAGCGCCAAGGUUGCCAUGCAGGACGCCCUAACGCGCCACUGGCGGUUCUAUGCUGAACGUCACAGAGCCGAACACGACGGAUACAACCCGUUCGUGUAUAGAGCGUCGCUCAACGCCCAGCUUCGUCGGGACGCCGAGCAAGGCGGCCGAUGA